AUGGACAAACCACAUCGGUCGUUCUACCGCUCAUUAGAUAGAGAAAGGCUAUUAUAUAAGAAGAAGUAUGUUGUUAUAGAGCCAUCUAUAAAGUAUCUACUAGUCAAACUUCAAAAAGAAAGAGAAGGAAAGAUACAUGAAAUGCAGGUGUCAGGCCAAGUGCUACCCAAUCCAUUCAAAAUGCAAAACUUGCUAGAACCUAUUAUUUAUCAUACCACCCUAUCCUUGCUAUACAUUCUUGAUGAUAGGUGUCUUGAUUCAAAAUACCUUCAAUCCCAAUAUGCAAAUCAAGUCGAACAUCUCACCAUCAUAUUGAAUAAAAUUGUCACUUCGAAGACUACGAAACUCAAUUAUGAGCAAAUUAGAUCACAAAUUGAAGAGCAAUCAGGGAUUCUGCUAGAAUUAAUGGCAUCUGAAGUUAUCUCAAAGUUUGCAGGUACCGAUAUUCCAUACAAUACAAAUAGUGUCUUUAUAAAACCGCUACAGAUGGCCCUUCUUUGUUUUCUAGCCUUAUCCAGAAGAGCAUAUAAACAACAAUAUUCCAUUGAGAGAGACUUAGUACCAUGGAUGCAUUCAAUAAUGGCACCUAGUGUCAGUGUGAGUUGCGAGUCUUUGAGAAGUCUCUCUAAAAUUCCUCCAUGCAUAACUUCAGAUAUAUUACUUCGUACGCCUAUGUCAAAAAAUGAAUAUUAUCUACAGGCUGAUAUAUGGCUUGAUUUUAUGAAAGAUAUAGGAGCUGCAUAUCAUAAAAGAAUAAAGCAUUUAAAACUCUGUAUAAACAAUUUAAUUUUUUAUGGAAUUCAAUACGAUUCACACAAAUUGCCGGAACUAAUUUUCAGAUCCCUCCAUUUUUUCACUAAUACUACUACAGGGUACCAAUUUCUGCUUGUAACUCAAGAAUUUCUUAAUGGGAUAAUUUGGAAACUUGUUUUUGAUUAUUUGAGGAGUUCAAUAACCUAUAAACCCAAUAUUAUGGCAAACAUUAUCAAAACUCAGGAAGUUGUGGUUCAGUUUCUUUCCAAAGUUGGAGAUAAAAGAGAGAAGGUACAUUCAAAAUUGAAUAUUGAGGGUAACAUGGGAAUAGUUUUAGCUAUAAAUAAUAUAUCACAGGAAAAAUCGGAAAAGUUAUUCAAAAUAGCUGAAAAGAACUUAAUGCAUUUAGAUUUACAUCAUUCGAAUUCAAAACCUAUGGUAGCUUAUCAUUUCACUAGAAUAUUUCUUUCAGUUACACCAGAAGAAUUACUCCAUAAUUUUAACAACGGGGCAUCAGAUUAUUUUCAAUCUGCCACACUAUGGUUAGGAUUUAUAAGAAAGCUUAAUGAGUUUGGUCUACUUGAUGAAAAGCGAUCUAAAAAGAUUCUUCUCGAACUUGUAAAUAACAAAGAAAGAAUCUUGAUCACAAAAGAUAUCAUAUUAAUACUCUUACAACCAAUCAAGACAUUAGAUGACAUUGACGAAUUCAUUUCGAUUUUACAGAAAAACUCGGGUGCCAAAGAGAAAGAUUCCUUAUUGGCAAUGGCACAUUCUAGCUCAAUUUUGCCUAAAUACUUAACCAUUCUAUACAGAAAUGUGCAUUUAAGGAAUAGACCUCAUCCCGAGGUCAAAUAUCCUUGGGACAAGUACAAAAAGCUACACCCCAUAACUACCAUCAAAGAUCAAGAGUCACCGCAAAAUUUCAGGAAUUUCUCGUCAAUUCUCUCGUAUGCAAGGUAUUUGUAUGAUACGGGGUUCAAAAAGAAGACAUCGAAGAUUGUUGGAAUUAUGCUCAAUGGUGAAAUAAACGUUCAACCCGAGAACUUAUAUGAAUUAUACAAACUGGAGUUAUUCGACAAGAAUAACUUCAAUCCUGACGAAUCAUGUUUGUCUGCUUUAAUUAAGGCAGCUAUGAAACAGGUUGACGGAAACGAUAAGGCAUCUUGUAUAAUGUGGGGUGAUAUGUAUGCACCUCAAGUUGCGAUCCAUGAAUUCAAGCAGCAUGUAAUGACUGAAGCAUUUGACAAAGAUCUCGGAAAAGCUGACAACGACCCCGGAAUUUAUCCACAAGAUGAUUUAUGGCAAAGAUAUAUCCAUUUACUCGAGAAAUAUGACUACAUUUCCGAAUUGUCAACCAUCAUCCAGUGGUGGGAAAAUUUGAAUUUCAGGCCCAAUUAUCUCACCUUAUUGAUGCUCCUCGGUUCCUUACCUACUGAGUAUGGUUCGAGAUAUAUCAAGCAUGUUCAAAAGGUCAGAGAAGACAGUGCGAAAUCUACAUACGCUCACAUAGGCGAAGAUCCAAAAUCGAAUGCCCAAAAUUAUCUAGCUUGGUCAUGGCCCUCUCUUGAAGAAUUAGAAAGAUUCAAACUCAAAAAACUGAAACUAUCUAAUUCAAGUAUACGUAUAGAUUAA